AUGGCCACUUGUCUCCACAUCUCUCAACUCAGAGACUUGGUCACCGGCGAGUUGAGAAGUGUGUGGGAUUGGCUUGGGCAAGUUGAGAAAUCAAAAAUGCCAAUGGGAUCGGAAUUCACCAAGGAGGAAAUCCCACUACCAUACACCCAAGACCUGUUGAAUGCCCGGGUGGUAGAAUAUUCAAAAGCUCCGAGGAUCCCCUUAUACGAUGGUAUGACUGACCCGUACGACCACUUAGACAACUUUCGCUAUGCCAUGGAGGGUCGUAGAGCAAAUGAGGUGACCAAGUGCCGCUUGUUCCCGACAACCCUCGAAGGCCAAGCCACGAGUUGGUUCAAAGGACUCGCUCCAUAA